AUGAAUAUUUUGAUUACUGGUGCCAACCGAGGCAUUGGGCUAGGCUUGGUACAACGAUACCUCGAAGAACAUGACGUCAAACGCAUUUUUGCGGCUGUCAGGAAACCUGCCGAGGCUAAAGUGAGCUAAUUUUUUAAUUUUUUUUUUAUUUUUUAAAUUUUUUUUUGUUUUUGUAAAGAAAGUUUUUGCAUUUUCUCAAUUUUUUAAAAAUCAGUUUAAUUUUUCUAUAUUUUGUAAAGAAAGUUUCUUCAAAAAUUCAAAGUUAUUCAAAAAAGCCAUUUUGGAUCAUUGUAAACAAAGUUAUUGCCAAAAUCGUAAUUUCUGCACCGUGCAGCGCCAUUUCUCUUAUUUGCACAGUGCGAAAGCGCGGUCCCGUCCGAUCUGACAAGUUAAGCAACGGCGCGCUUGAUUAUAAAAAGUUCGAGGAACACUGGGUGAAAACAAAGUUUUUGGGGGUUUUCGGUAAAUGGAAAGAAAGUUUUUGCAAUUUUUUGUUUUGUAAAUAUAGUUCUUGCCAUAUUCUUUUUUUCGCGAAAAAAAAUUCUUGUAAUUUUUCAAAAUUGUAAAGAAAUUUCUUUCAAAAGCUCAAAAAAACUUCAGAAAUGUCAUUUCACAUCAUUGUAAACAAAGUUAUUGCCAAAAAAUUAAUUUCUGCACCGUGCAGCGCCAUUUGUCUUCUUUGCACAGUGCGAAAGCGCGAUCCCGUCCGAUCUGGCAAGUUAAGCAACGGUGCGCUUGAUUAUAAAAAGUUCGAGGAACAGUAGAUAAAAACAAAGUUUUUGGGGUUUUUAGGGUUAUGGAAAGAAAGUUUUUACAUUUUUUUGUUUUUCAAUUUUUAAAAAUGGCAUUUUUUAAAUUGUAAAAAAAGUUUUUUCUACUUUCAGGCAAUCCACGAUCUAAAUGACAACCGGAUAGUGCUGAUCGAAUACGACGUGUUGGAUGACAAAAAGAUUGAAACCGCAGCCGAAUGGUUGAAAGCUGAGUUGAAGGACGAAGGGUUACAUAUAUUAAUCAACAAUGCUGGCAUAGCCUUGAGUGACAAUGUUCACAUUGAGGAUCCUUCGAGAGAGGCGAUUCUGAAGACUUUUGACACCAAUCUUUGUGGAGUUGUUAUGACGACUACGGUAAGUGUUGUAAAGAAAGUUUUUGCCGUUUUUUGUAUUGUAAAGAAAGUUCUUGCCAUUUUUUGUUUUGUAAAGAAAGUUUUUGUCUUUUUUUGUUUUGUAAAGAAAGUUCUUGCCAUUGUCACAAAAAAUAUUUCAGGCCCUCCUACCCCUCCUACAAAAAGCCGCCUCUUCCGAAACCCCUGCCAAGAUCAUUAACAUGAGUUCUGGUCACGCCUCGAUCGAAUUAACAACUAACACUUGGGCCAGUGGUCGAUUUGCCUACGGUGCAUCGAAAGCAGCAGUCAACCAUUACAGUAAGCAAUUAUCAACCACAAAAGCGGUCGAAAACAUAAUUGUCAUCGCUUUGAGACCGGGUCAUGUCGCUACGGACAUGAACGGUCACGAUGGGAAUCUGAAGGUGCCUGAGGCUACGCACGACAUCGUGAACAUGGUUUCUGGACUGAGAAUCGAAGAUUCUGGAAAGUUUUUGGAUCGAUUCGGCAAAAUUCAAUCUUAUUAA